GUUGGUGAAAUAGCAACUUGGGAAAGCGAAAGUCUUUUGCUGUUGUCCACGAACCAUUAUUUUUUCUACUUGGCAUUUCGUAACAGACCAUUCAAAAUGAAGAGCAGGUUUACCACACUAGAUAUAACCGUUAUUGUCAAGGAAUUAAGAAGGUUUCUGGGAAUGCGAGUAGUCAAUAUUUAUGAUGUUGACAACAAGACCUAUCUCAUAAAAAUUGCCAAGCCUGAUGACAAAGCCAUCAUUUUGCUUGAAUCAGGCAUUCGCCUACACAGCACAGCAUUUGACUGGCCAAAAAAUCCUGCCCCUUCUGGUUUCUCCAUGAAGAUGCGAAAACAUUUAAGAGGUAGGAGAUUUGAGAAGAUUGAGCAGCUGGGCACUGAUCGAAUAGUGGACAUGCAGUUUGGAUCUGGGGAGGCAGCUUAUCAUGUCAUACUAGAGCUGUAUGACAGGGGAAACAUUGUGUUGACUGACAGCGAAUACACAAUCCUCAACAUUCUACGUCCACGUACAGACAACAGUCAAGAUGUUAGGUUUGCAGUGCGGGAGUUAUAUCCCAUUGCUGCUGCCAAAAAUCACGAAAUGCCUACAGAGGAAAAAUUAGUGCACAUUCUGAUGACAGCAAAAGAAGGUGACUCUCUUAAGAGAGCUCUGAUACCACAUCUUGAUUAUGGCCCAGCAGUGAUUGGACAUUGUCUGCUGACAGAAGGCAUGUCUGAAGAUGCUAAGAUUGGCAAAGACUUUAGCAUAUCUGCAGACAUAAAAAAAUUAAUGACAGCCAUAGAAACUGCAGAAAGCUUAAUGUCACAACUUUCUUCACAGCCAUGCAAGGGCUUCAUUACACAGAGGAUGGACAAGAAACCAAAUCCAAAGGAAGGGGAAAGCACAGAAUUAGCAACAUAUGAGGAAUUCCACCCUUACCUGUUUCUUCAACUUCAAAACAAGCAAUAUCUAAUAUACGAUAUGUUUGAUAAAGCAGUUGAUGAGUUCUUCUCCAAGAUCGAAAGCCAAAAACUAGAUGUCAAGAUGCUGCAGCAGGAGAAAGCAGCACUGAAAAAGCUUGAUAAUGUUAAGAAAGACCACGAAAAGCGAGUCGGUGAGCUGCAAAAAGAACAGGAAUCUGAUAUCGUCAGAGGUCAGCUUAUUGAAAUGAACUUGGAAAUGGUUGACCAAGCCAUUUUAAUAGUUCGAAGUGCUUUGGCAAAUCAGAUUGACUGGACAGAAAUUGAUCAGAUAGUAAAAGAAGCACAGCUGAAUGGAGAUGCCGUUGCAAAGACAGUAGUUGGCCUCAAGCUUGAUUCCAACCACAUAACAUUGCUUCUACAGGACCCUUAUGAAGGUGGAGAUUCAGAUGAUGAAGAUUAUCAGCCUCUCAAACCACAAAAAAUUGACAUUGACUUGGCUCUCAGUGCUUAUGCCAAUUCAAGAAAGUACUUUGAGAGAAAAAGACAAGCUGCGAAAAAAGAAAUGAAAACAUUAGAAGCAUCUCAAAAGGCUUUGAAAUCUGCAGAGAAGAAAACAAAGGAGACAUUGAAAGAUAUGGCUACUGCAGUUAGCAUCAAUAAGACCAGAAAGACAUACUGGUUUGAAAAGUUUCUGUGGUUCAUCACUUCUGAAAACUAUUUGGUUAUUGGUGGACGGGAUCAACAGCAGAAUGAGAUGAUCGUAAAACGUCAUCUAAAGCCUGGUGACCUCUAUGUACAUGCAGAUUUGCAUGGAGCUAGCAGUGUGGUCAUCAAGAACCCUUCAGGUGAACCUGUGCCCCCAAAGACACUAAAUGAAGCCGGGACAAUGGCUAUCUGCAAUAGUGCUGCAUGGGAUGCAAAAGUGGUGACAAGUGCAUGGUGGGUUUACCAUGAUCAGGUGUCCAAGACGGCUCCUUCAGGAGAGUAUCUAACCACUGGUAGCUUCAUGAUCAGAGGGAAAAAAAAUUACCUGCCACCAUCAUAUCUGAUCUAUGGAUUUGGGUUUCUGUUCAAACUUGAAGAUGGGAGCAUUCCAAGACACAUGGGAGAACGCAGAGUGCGUACCACUGAGGAGGAUAGUCUUUCCCAAGUUGACUCUCAUGCAUCUGAAGCAGAAAGUGAACUAAGCUUGAAUUUGGAGGAAGAGAACAGCAAGAAUGGCAGCAAUAAAGAGUGCAGUAGUAAUAGCAGCAAUGAUACAGAUGAUGAUGAUCAUGAAAGUGAUUAUCAUGAUGAUGAAGUCAGCAAGCCUGCUUUAGAUUCACCUCAUGAAGUCACAGUAACUAGUUGUCCAGACUCUGUGAGUAGUGAAAGCCAAAAGGAGAUUCAGGUGGACAAGAAUAAUGCUUUUUCAGAAGAUAAGGGAAAGGAUUGCAGCUUGGGCAAUGAUACUGAUGAUGACAAACAGCCUCACACAGCAGCUGCUGCUAUUGAAUUUCCAGACACCUCCAUAACCCUUAUGCAUAUUAAAGGAGACAAGUAUGAGCUCCAGCGAGGAACAAGCAUGUCUAGCACUGUAUCGGAGACAGACAGUACUGUAAUCUACUUGGGAGAUGAUAAGCCUGUUGUAUUUGGAGAGAAGGGUGGUAACAGAGGAGGAGGACGUCUAUCAGCCAGACAAAGACGAGAACUGAGAAAAACAAAAAAAAGUGGGGAACCUAUGAAACAAACUGUAGACGGAGAAGAAGAAACAGUGUCUUGGCUUCAUGAAGUGAAAGAUGAAAACCAGCUAAAAAAUCAACAGGAGUAUAAAAACAAGGUUGCCCAGCAGGAUGAUUGUGAAAAGCAGGAGGAGGAACUUUUACCUAAAUCAAGCAGGCAAGAACCUCAUCAUCCUAACCAGCAGCAGCAGCAGCAGCAGCAGCUGCAGCAGCUGAAACGAGGCCAGAAAGGUAAGCUGAGAAAAAUAAAAGAAAAGUAUGGUGACCAAGAUGAAGAGGAAAGAAGAAUUCGUAUGGAGAUUCUAGCAUCUUCAGGUACCCACAAAGAAAAAAAAAAGAAGGGGAAAAAAGGAAAAGAUGAGAUAACAUCAAAGAGUGGAAAACCAGCUGGACGACCGCAUACUGGUAAACAGGAACCUCGGCCAUCUUCAUUAAAGACAAAUGGAACUUUGAAUCCCGACCUUAUAGAAGGUACAGCAGACCCAGCCUCAGAUGGUGAGCAAGUUGGAGCAGAUGAAGAAACUCAGAAAACAGAUGACAUUCAGAUUCUUAACUCAUUGACUGGUCAGCCUCAUCCUGAGGAUGAACUUUUGUAUGCCAUUCCUUGCUGUGCUCCAUACAAUGCUAUGACCAACUACAAGUUCAAGGUGAAAUUGUUACCAGGGACUACUAAAAGAGGGAAAGCGGCCAAAAUGGCGAUCAACAUGUUCCAGCAUGAUAAGAUGGCAAGUGCCCGAGAAAAAGAUCUCCUUCGAAUAAUGAAGGAUGCUGACAUAUCUCGAAAUAUGCCAGGAAAAGUCAAAGUAGCAGCCCCAAGUCUUCACAAAAGAUGAUUCUUAAACCAGGACUUUUUGCCCUCCCCCACCCCUCUCAAACUAUCCCUGUCAGCAGCUUCCACAGACGCAUCUUUAAAUAUUGCAGAGCAAUCAGAGCUUCUGUUUCGGUGUGCAGAUAAACAUUGGAUCAUUUUGAAAAGGAGUUAAAGCUGCAUUUUUUGGAAUUAUAAUGAAGUAUUUUCUUUUGUGUUCUUGGAAUAACCCUGAUAUACUACUACAAGGCUAGUAAGGUAAAUGUUAUGCUAGAAAACAAGAUUUGUACAAUUCUACAGACUGAAGUAAAGUGGGCUUUCAAAACUU